UGGCUCGCUCACCGCACCCACCGCCAUGCCCGAGGGGACGAGUGGCAGCUGCUGACCGCCGGAGUUCGCCGGAGGCGGCCGGAAGAAGUCUCUCCGCUGCCGUUUCCCGCACGUCUUCUCUCCCCCGGCUUCUUUUGUAAUCUAUUGCCGUAUUAGUGGGUUCCAAGGAAAUGGCUGGUCAACCAAGUGGCACUGACAAAGAAGUCAUCAAUGAGCAAAUGAUUGCAAAUAUGUAUGCCAACAUGCGCUCUGAAAUGAAUCAACUCUACUCCAAGAUCACAGAGCUGGAAAUGGAAGUCAGUGAGCACUCCCUUGUGAUCGGCGCAAUCGAGCCACUCGAUCCCUCAAGGCGCUGCUACAGAAUGAUUGGGGGAGUGCUGGUUGAAAGGACUAUAAAGGAGGUCUUGCCUGCAGUGCAACGCAACAAAGAGGGCCUCGAGGAAGUCGUUGCUCGCAUGAACGAGGCACUGGAGAAGAAGAAGAAAGAAAUCACCGAGUUCGAGUUGAAAUACAAGAUCAGAAUUCGGAAAGCAGAUAGUGACACCCGGGAAGAAAGCGGCAUGAAGGAAGGAUCUGCGCAAGCGCAAGGUGUUCUUGUAGGCCCUGCCUCUGGGCAGUAGAGGCGAUAAAAAUAGACAGCUUUUUUACAAACUGAAGUUUCUCCCAUUUCAAUUCCGGGUUGGUAAGGCACGUGAUUAAUCCACGUUCUGCUCUUACCUUUGGUACAUCUGGUUGAAUUUCCAUGUGACUGCCUGAUAUCCAAUGGUACUGUUCAUCUGACCAGUUUACCCCCUUUUUUUAGCUUUGCAGUUUUUCAGGUUUGUUCUGUCGAUGGAUGUAUGCCAACUUGUUUGUGGAUACAAUUGUUCUAUGCCUAAUAUGCAAUCUCGGACUCAGUUAUGGCU